GGAGAGAAAAAACCAACUCGUAUGAUAAGUUAAAUUACAGACUCCGUACAAAUCUUUCUGGAAUACAUGAAAUUGUGUUUUCCGCUUUAUUUUAUUUUCGUGGAGAUGCCAGGACUCUCUAACCAACAACCUCGAUGAAAUUCUCUUUCCCUUUUUUUAUUUUUUUAUUUUUUUAUUUUUUUCUCUUUUUUACCGAUCGGUAAAUUUGACGGGGGGAGAAAAAGAAAAGGGAUGAAUAAAAAGAAAGGAUCGGAGGAUCGGGGUGGGAACGCCUCUCCCGCUGGUACAAGUAUAAUACAGCACAGUAAGUGCGCCCUAUUGUAUACUCGAGUACUUGAGCCCUUUCGCCUAUUCCGCCAAUCGUCCGUUUUUUUCUUUUCUUUCUCUCUCUCUCGGCUGAUAUGUUGUCGACGUGCCCACCGACCGACACGCCUUCGAUGUCCAAUCUAGUCUAAUCUUUGGGUGAUGGUGAAGGUGAGUGUUGACUGCGGGCGGGAGUUCCUUCUUACUUCAGCUAGAUUGAAGCUUGGUUGUUGGCAUAGAUGGUGCGGGUACAGUACUGUAGACUAACUUACAGUACUGUACAGCACAGAGCAUUUCCCAGGUCGACUGGGUGUUAUCGGUUGGUGCAUACCCGAGCCAUAUUCUCUGGUCCAUUAAUCGUAUACAUACGCGCACAGAAUGAAGAACCCGGGCUGUGGCAUAUGUGGUAAGAUUUCUUACUUCUUGUGAUGCUGUGCUGUACGGGGGAGGGGGGGCUUGCUCUGUCGGUACUCUAGAUAGUGCUCGCGCGGGAAAGGAGGAGGAGGAGGGGUGGGUGGGAAGUGAAGGAAAGAGGGGAGCGGGAAUGGCUUUCACGUGUUAGGCUGAUUCGCGCAUAUAUUGUGCUUAGACUUAGUAGAUGUAUCGUACUAAGCUCUGAUAGGGCACGAUAUGAUAAGUUAAUAUGAAAGAGCCUAGGCGCAGUCAGCGAAGGGAGGAGGAGCCGGAUUGGGCCGACAGUCAGACGGGCACAAUCGAAUUAUUAUAGUGCUUCGGGUAUGGCAGUGCGUUCCGGUACGAUGCUAGAUUUUAGGGCUUAUUAAGAUAGAGCCGAAGGUAUGUCCUAGCUACUGUAGGUGGGAAAUCGUAGGCUAUUUUUCUUUUUUUCUAAAAACUCCGGGGCAGAGUUGUCUUAGAUGAGAGGUACAGUAGGAGGUUUAAUCAGAUGUGGCAGUGGUCCAGCGUAGAGUUUGAGUUGGGCUCGCAUGUAUGCAUGUUUAACAUUCGGAUAAUAUCUACUUGCAACUCGUGCCGUAGUGUAGGGUGCUUAGCGCAGUGCAAGCAUCGUGGGGGGGGUAUGAUACUCGAAGGCGUCGCAGGAUUACCGUAAUACGGUAGCUUACUGUACUACAGACACUCGUAUAUGAAAGAAUGAUUGUCAAGGCAUCGUCAAAGACACCGCUGAUGACGAUCCGGGAUGAAAGAAGAGAAAGAAUGGAAAAGAGUGAUGCUGGUGGUUUGAUUGACACGGUGCGGCACAUACGGUAUUGGUUUUUAAUUUUUGCUCGCGCUCCGUCCGGCUCUGUACCGGAGGUGGCUGGCACCCGGCGAGUUGAGUACGGUACUCGUAGCGACCCGGGGAUUUUGGCUGGUUGGUUGGAUGGUUGGACAUCAUAUCAAAACCGUGGAAUUAUCGGGUUAGGACCGGCGCGCGUCCAUUAAUGAAACCCGAGCACAACAGCUAUUCCGAAAAUUCAGCCACCAGGGCAGAGAUUAACCGUGCGUAAUAUUUUGCAAUAUCAUUGUUGGGGAGGGGUUGCCUCGAUCUGCAUCGCUAUUUCAAGUAUUCAACUAAACCACAUUAAAGCAACUGGGGGACCCACAGAAGGAACUCAUUGCAUACGGAACCGACCAACGGAAUCCCCAGAACAAGGAGAGCUUUUACCAUUUUGAGCACGAGGAGUGUAGGAGGAGCGAGCACAUAGGGUGGCUGCUCAUGAGCGAUGCCGAUUUUUUCCUCAAGAUUGUUUCGCUUGAGAAGGGGGGAGGGUGCUCAGCGUCUACAACAAUACUCGAGUACAGUAUUUCAAAGGUUCGGCUUGCGGGUGGAUCGGCGUGGCUGAAACGGUGGAGGUUCUUGGCGGCGGGGAUUGCUCACGCCGUUAUCGAAUGAUCAUUCACUCCCCCUUCCGUCUUCAGGCACACACAGGUUGAUCGGGGCGGAUGAGAGGGAGAGCAAUCCGUCACGCUUUUAACGGCGGGUGAUGGGCUCACUCGGCGGGGGCGGGAAUAUCUUUUCAUAUCCACUAUUAUUGCCCCCGUGAAUACCUAACUUGAGCUGCGCUGACAUCGGGGUUUCCUGGGCUGUGGAGCCUCUCACUGCCUGUGAUGCGAAGGGAGAGAAAGGGAAGUGAGAGGUUGACACGCGUCAUCGGGUGCAAGGAUCCGUUGCAAGGAAUCGGUUCAUGUUUUUCGACAGGCUGGAGAAAAUCUUUUUCUCUGGUGUUGCUUGCUUGCUUUCCUCGCACACCGACAUUGGGUAAAAAUAGAAAGAGGAAGGAGGAGGAGGAGGAGGAGGUAAUUGAAGGGAAGGCUGGUGCCGGUGGGCUGGCAGGUUCUCUUGCCACUUGCUUGACUUGAUGGGAUAAGGUGGAGGAGAUAUCUUCUGCACAGUACGGUGCAGCUUUUCUUGUGUGGGUCAUUGUAUGGUAUUCUGGUUUCUCGGGAUGCAGGCUUUGUAUGAUACGGUACCGGUACUGUACCUUUUGCUUUUUUCGUCCGCUUUCUAUUGUGCACUGUGAAACCUUCUCAACUCUUAUUCCCUGCUUUCCUUUUCUCCCCUUCCUAUCCACCCCCCCCCUCCUCCUCUUCAUCCUGUCCACAAUCCCCGCUCGCUCAGCUGUAUUCUGUGAAUGCACGGUAAUCAUCUCCGCACAUUCCCUUGUUAACUUACUGAGCCUUCCUCUCUCCGGAACAGCUCAGCCUUUUUUGUUCCUACUCUCUCUCUCUCUAUUUUUUCUUCCCUUUUUUUCUUUCUUUUCUUCUUUUCUUUCGAAUCCUCAGACCCCUAACCACAUCUUGAUUCUUAUUUACUGCACCUCCAAGCCCUUAUUCUCCCCCUUCUUCCCCCGCCUCUGGUUACCAAAAUCUCCACUUGGCCACACAAACACACACUGUACCCUCCGAAAUAAAAAAAGGAUUCCCCCUAGCUCAUACAUCGGCUGGUACUUAACCAUAGCACCUCACCUGUUCUCCACCGGGAGGGGUUAGGAACAAUAGAGAGAAAAAAAAUAGGAGCUUCAACAGCACGCACUCUUAGCAAACAAGCACCAAGCAUCACCGCAUCAUCUUACGCAUCGAAACGAUGGCGUAUCAGGGUCCUCCUCCGGGAGGCUUCCAGCCAGAAAGGCACGACCUUCAUGACUACCCACCAACAAUUCAGGACGACCUAACCGAUCACGAACGGGUCCCGUUGACGGGCGGAGUGCAAGAGGGUCCCUUCCGGGGCCCAUUUGACGAAUCUGGCUCGCGAGAACCUACACCCGAUGGAUUUCGCCAGAGAAAGGAUCUCCCCGGGCCCUAUUAUUCUGAAAUGCAGUUCCCGAAUCCUUCUACUCCCUCGCUCACGGUCUUGUCGGCUCCAGGCGCCAGCAGGCCCGCCAGUGUGGUUUCUAUGGAUGAUUGGAGGAGACGACAGGCCCCCCAGGGGCUCAGGAGGUACGCUACAAGGAAGGUGAAGUUGCAACAUGGGCAGGUGCUCUCCAUCGAUUAUCCCGUACCUUCAGCUGUGCAGAACGCUAUCCAGGCGAAAUACAAAACUACGGAUGGUGAUGCCGCGGCUAAUGAGUUUACUCAUAUGAGAUGUUUGUUUUCUCCCAUCCUUACUUUUUUUUUCUUUUUUUUCUUUCUUUUUCCUUCUCUCCCCUCUGCCUCACCUUUGUUACGGAGACUUUGUGGUAGUUGGCUCCGAGACAGCUACUAAUUGGGUACCGCACACAGACACUGCGGCGACAUGUGACCCUGAUGACUUUACGCUCAAGAACGGAUACGAUCUGAGACCACGGAUGUAUAACCGACACACAGAGCUGCUGAUUGCCAUCACUUACUACAACGAAGACAAAGUGCUUACGGCCAGAACACUUCACGGAGUGAUGCAAAAUGUUCGUGACAUUGUUAACCUGAAAAAGUCAGAGUUCUGGUGGAAGGGGGGACCGGCUUGGCAGAAAAUUGUUGUUUGUUUGGUUUUUGACGGUAUCGAUCCCUGCGACAAAAAUACCCUCGAUGUAUUGGCCACGGUUGGCGUGUUUCAGGAUGGUGUUAUGAAGAAGGAUGUUGAUGGCAAGGAAACCACUGCUCAUAUCGUAAGUCUGUUUUUGUUUAUCAUCGUGGCGUUUGUUUAUUUGCGGGGGGUAUGUGGGUUGUCAUCACAUCAAUUGGGUUAUCCGAUGGCGUGUGUGCGGCAAUGCAAGCCUCCCGCGUUCACUCAGCCGAGGGCGGAUCGGUUGGCUGUUUUGCGGUGCGCGACCGGGUUUUCGAUUCUUCCAGCCAGGAGCGGCUGAGAAGACAAGAAGGCAAAAUGCACUUUUUCUUUUUUACGAUUUCUUGGUUUUCUCGCUCGGGUUUGCAUUGUUUCUUUCUUUCUGGAUCGAAUGACUGAUUUAUUUUUCGUCGGACAGUUUGAAUAUACUACUCAAUUGUCGGUGACUUCCCACCAAAAUCUUGUCAGGCCCACCGACGAUAUGGAUAACUCCGCCUUUCCACCGGUACAAGUAAUGUUUUGUCUUAAGCAACGGAAUUCUAAAAAGAUCAACUCCCAUCGAUGGCUGUUUAAUGCCUUCGGAAGGAUCCUGAAUCCGGAAGUUUGCGUACUCAUUGACGCCGGUACCAAGCCUGGUCCCAAAAGUAUCCUUGCUCUUUGGGAAGCCUUCUACAAUGACAAGAACCUCGGUGGAGCUUGCGGUGAGAUCCAUGCUAUGUUGGGUAAGGGAGGCCGAAACCUCGUCAACCCCCUUGUUGCGGCACAGAAUUUCGAGUACAAGAUCUCAAAUAUUCUGGAUAAGCCGUUGGAGUCGGCAUUUGGUUAUGUCAGCGUGUUGCCCGGCGCUUUCUCGGCCUACCGGUUCCGUGCCAUCAUGGGCCGCCCGUUGGAGCAGUACUUUCACGGUGAUCACACGCUUUCUUCCCGGUUCGGGAAGAAGGGUAUUGAUGGGAUGAAUAUUUUCAAGAAGAACAUGUUCUUGGCUGAGGAUCGUAUCCUUUGUUUCGAGCUUGUUGCUAAGGCUGGUUCAAAGUGGCAUUUGACAUACGUUCGAUCGUCAAGAGGAGAGACGGACGUGCCGGAGGGAGCUGCGGAGUUCAUUUCUCAGCGUCGAAGAUGGCUGAACGGUUCCUUCGCUGCCGGUAUCUACUCGCUCAUGCACUUUGGUCGUAUGUACUCCAGCUCGCAUAACAUCAUUCGCAUGUUCUUUUUCCACAUCCAGUUAAUCUAUAACAUCUUUUCGACCAUUAUGAGUUGGUUCUCGAUCGCUUCUUUUUGGCUCACGACAUCUGUUAUCAUGGACCUUGUCGGUGAUCCGACCGACGCGGAAAAGGAUAGGGGAAAGCACGCUUGGCCAUUUGGGGAUACCGUUACACCUGUCUUCAACAACAUGUUGAAGUAUACUUAUCUUGCCUUCCUGGUUUUGCAGUUUAUCCUUGCUUUGGGUAAUCGGCCGAAGGGAUCCCGUCACAGUUAUCUUUUGUCCUUUUACGUGUUCUCCAUCCUUCAGUUUUAUGUUCUCAUGCUCGCUUUCUACCUCGUUGUCCGCGCCUUUACGAACCAGGAUUCCUGGUCGGAUUUGAAGGCGGACUCGCUGGGGGAGUUUAUCAAGCAGUUCUUCACUUCGAAUACCGGUCUUAUUAUUCUCGCCCUGGUUUCUACUUAUGGUAUUUACGUCGUCGCUUCGGUGAUGUAUCUCGACCCCUGGCACAUGGUGCACAGUUUCUUCCAGUACAUAUUGAUGGCCUCGUCGUACACCAAUAUCCUCAACGUCUAUGCUUUCUGUAAUUGGCAUGACGUUUCUUGGGGUACCAAGGGAUCCGACAAAGCCGAGGCGCUGCCCUCGGCGAAGACCAAGGUCGAGGGUAAAUCGAAGGUUAUCGACGAGCCGGAGAAACCACAAGCGGAUAUUGAUUUAGCCUUCGAGGAGACUGUAAAACGUGCUCUCGCACCCUUCACCGCCGUGGAGGAAGUUGAGAAAAAGUCCCUCGAUGAUUCAUACAAGAGCUUCAGGACCCGAUUGAUCACUUUUUGGAUCUUCAGUAAUUCCACGAUUGUCAUUCUGUUUACUUCGGAGAACUUUGACUGGUUCGGUGUUAAGGUAAGCUCACCGCGAAUUCCUAUUCCACGCAAUUUUAAGUACUAACAUUUGCGCCAAUAGUCUCCCGAACGAACGGCGUGGUACUUCCGGUUCAUCCUCCUCGCCACCGCUGCCUUGUCCCUCUUCAGGUUCGUUGGUUGUGUCUGGUUCUUGGGUCGUGCUUCCAUCCUUUGCUGUUUCGCCAGGCGCUGAUCUUUUAUGCCUUAAUUCUCUUUUGCAUUUUGUUAUUGCUCGGGUCUGGGUUUUAUUAUUCUUUCAUUCUUUUUCGUUUUUCUUUUCCUCUGGCACUGCAGUAAUAAAGGGUCGCCUGCGGAAAAUGGACUCCCUUUUUUCUCUUCCCUUCAUCAUCCUUCUGUUUAGCGGUUUCCCCUUUGUCUUUGAAAGGUCACAGGUUGGUGUUGUUUGCAUGAAGGGGGUAAAACCAGCGCGGAUCGGGUGUGGCGGGCUGUACAUAUCACGGAAUAUUAUGAGAUUUUUUUAUAUACU